AUGAAAGAAACAAUCUCUGAGAAACUUGAGAAAUAUUUCUUUAACCUUCAAUAUGAAGAUUAUGAUAAGGCUGACCAAAAACUUAUUCAGCUUUUAUCUUUAGAAACUAAAGAAUGCGAAGAAUUGUAUCAAAAAGAACCCAAACUUUUUGAUCAAUAUUUUAGAAUGACUAAAAUAGAUGAACCUGAUACUGAAUCAGAACAAGAAGAUAACUUUAAACUAAUACAAAGACUGUUAAGUUCGAAUAUUUUAGAUAUGGAAGAUGAUGAAGCAGAAUCUUCUUAUACAGCCACAAGAAGAGGCAAUAAAAAGAAAUAUGAGUUCAAAAUGCCUGUACACAAUGGUAUUCCAGAUAGUAGCAAAUGA